AAAGUAUUUUCAGUAUCGGUUUCCCUUUGCUAUCAGGUAGACAGAUACUCAACGGUGUUCCGCUUAUAUUAGAAAUAUUACUGUCAAAAAGCCGCUUUCUGCAAGAAAAGAAAAGAAAACCGUGCAUGCCGCAUGAACAAUUACCUAGACGAUAGCAGAGAACUACUGUAGAAGGAUCAAAUAUAACUGUCGAAUCGAUUUUGAUUUUGGUGGGCAGUAUUGUGUCGUGGAGAAUAUUUUUAUUCAACAGUCAAAGGGGAUGUGAUGACUGUACGAUGAAAAGUGUUUUUUUUAUCAAAGUGUAAGUGUAAAAAUAAAGAGAAAAAACUUUCAACCGAGUGGCACGUUCCUUUUGUUGCUAAAAAUCCACGCGCAUCGCUUUGAAAGUCAACUUGACAAAAUGGUAAGAAACUUUUAUGUUGUGCGUGACACACGCAUUUCUUGUUAACAGUGAGUUGUCCUUAUUUAAAAAUUCCUUAUCUUAGAAUACAAAAUUCUGAUAUUCUUUACAUUAAGAGAAAUGCAAAAUUUAAUUUUAUAUCAUCUUAUCUACAAAAAGCUUUAAUUAUCAUUAUCAAAUUUUUUAAAUAAAGGCAGAUUCAAAAUACGAUAAACAAUAUGUCUAAACUUCGAUUUAACAUCUUUUCGAAGAAUUCGUUCUUCUCGUUUAUAUUAUGAUUUUUUAAUAUUCACAAGGGCAUUAAACUUGAACUUCUUCAACAAUGACAUUAAAAUAGCACAUGUAACAUUACAUUAGCACAUUGUCGCAUCAUUGUCGUAUCGACUUGUCUAUCUUCUGCACAAAGAAUAGCUAAUAAUUCCGAUAAGCAGAGUUCGUUCCUCGAAUGAACAAGAACUUGAAGACGACGGGCAGGUUGAACUCAAUCCGAUAAAGACGCUUAUCAACCGCUCCUUCAAUUUUAAACUCAUAUCUUCACAGAUUUUUUACAGAGAAUUAUCGCUCGCUAAAUCUAAGGCAAUUUAUAUUUGAUGUAAAGAAAUUUCUUGAUACAAUAAAUGUCAUUUUACAGUGAAAACAAUAAGGUCAGCCAGUUAGUCAGUACCGCAGAUAAAUUAUUUAAGCCGUUAACAAUUGUGGCCUCUGUUCGAGGUGUAAAUUCCUUCUGCAUGUGUAUACCGAUAAUAAUUAGCACUUCCCUGACUUAAUCAACGUUUAACUCUAGUCCCGUGUCGUACGUCCUUGCGACUCGUAUCUAGGAAGUCUUCCGGAAGCGUGACAAAAACAAAAAUGUAAUGUGGAAUUAUUUGAAUAAAGUGAUUCUUACGUGUGCCACGCAGAAAAAAGCCGAAUAUUCGUGCCUGCUAGGUACGACAUCCUCGGUACUUAGCGACCACAGAGUUGUGAAGAUUAAUUGUGGAAAUGAUCCACAGGAAAGACAUUUCGCUAGCAAUCGAGUCGUAUCGCACAAGUACACGAUAUGGAACUUUAUUCCAAAGAAUCUCUUUGAGCAAUUUCGACGAGUGGCAAACUUUUAUUUCCUGCUCACGAUGAUAAUCGCAAUUUUAAUAGAAUCACCAAUUUCGCCGAUAACCAGCGCCUUACCCCUGGCGUUUGUCAUCCUGGUGACCGCAAUUAAACAGGGAUACGAAGAUUUUUUACGUUACAAGACGGAUAAACGAGACAAUCGGAGAUCAGUCAGUGUCAUCCGUAACAAAUGUACGCAGGACAUAUAUUGCGAGCAAAUAGUAGUAGGCGAUCUUGUAAAAGUCUCUCGAGACGAGGAUGUGCCUUGUGAUAUCGUUCUCCUUUAUAGCGAGACUCCGGGAUGUUGUUACGUCACGACGUCCAAUCUCGAUGGCGAAACGAAUUUAAAGAUGUUAAAUGUCCCGAAAGUGGUCUCGACGAUACCGCUUCCGCAAGUAGUGGCGAUGCAAGCGACGAUUACGUGCCAGCAACCUAUGGCCAAUCUUUACAAUUUUCACGGCAAACUCGAAAUUAACAACGGCAGCGAAACAACCAGUGGACACUUGACAAUAGAGAAUAUUAUGCUACGCGGAUCUAGACUAAAAGACACCGAGUUUGUGGUAGGAUGCGCGGUUUACACCGGACGGGAUACAAAAUUGUCGCUUAAUUCAAAGAUAGUCAGCAAUAAAUUCUCCACUGCCGAAAGAUCUAUCAAUAAGUAUCUUAUUGUAUAUGUCGUGAUACUGUUGAUUGAAGUGUUGAUGUGUACCAUGCUGAAGCUAUACGUUCAAACCUUUCAAAAAUGGGAAAUUUACCUAGGUCCACAGCCUAAAAUCACUUUUCAGUCGUUAAUUGAAGAUAUUCUAAACUUCCUUAUCUUAUUCAAUUAUAUCGUGCCGAUAUCAUUGUACUCCACCGCUGAACUGCAAAAGUUUCUCGGCUCCUUUUUCAUCGGCUGGGACUUGGACAUGUACGAUAAGAAAAACGAUCAACCAGCAAUUGCCAAUUCAUCAGACUUGAACGAAGAACUUGGCCAGGUUGAGUAUCUGUUUACCGACAAGACUGGCACGCUUACUGAAAAUUUGAUGAUAUUCAGACGCUGCUCAAUCGAUGGCAAUGUGUAUAUGGAGAAAGAUUGCGAUGGAAAUCUUUAUUUAUUGCCGCCAAACGGAAACGAGGAAGAGAGUACCAAAUUAUCAUCUUGGGAGGGUAACAUUUUGCAUUUUAUGAUGGGCAUAUCGCUGUGCCAUGUAGUCCAAAUUGCACCGCCGAGCCUACGACCCGAGAUCAUUGCCAGACGCACUGAAUUCCGCGAGAGCUUCAGAUUAAAAAAAGUCACCAGGGUCAACAGCUCGUUGAUGAUGCAUCCGGAUCUGCCGGAGUAUCAGGCGGCAUCGGCAGACGAAAAGGCGUUGGUGGAGGCAAGUGCCAGGUGCGGCGUUGUUUUGUUAAAGAAUACUAACAAGGAGAUGCACAUCAAGAUCAACAGGAGCAUUUAUAUCUUCCAGAAGUUGGAUAUAUUGGAGUUCAACUCCGAACGCAAGAGGAUGUCAGUAAUAGUGAAAGACUCGUCAGGAGAUGUCUGGCUGUACUGUAAGGGUGCGGACUCGGCUGUUAUGCCGUUGAUAACUAAAGGAACGAUAGAGAGGACCGCCGAACACGUCACCGAUUUCUCUAUGAGAGGUCUACGAACGCUGGUGGUGGGGUACAAGAAGAUGAACGAGCACGAAUACGAGAGCCUAAUGCAGAAUAUCGAGCAGGCCAGACAGAUGAUCGGUCCGGAGAGAGAGACGCAGAUAACGCGCGCGUACAAUCUUAUGGAGAGCGGGCUCAAUUUGCUCGGAGUAACUGCGGUAGAGGAUCGCCUGCAGGACAAGGUGCAAGAGACCUUGGAAUGCUUACGAGUCGCUGGCAUCAAAAUAUGGGUGCUUACUGGAGAUAAGGCAGAGACUGCGGAAAACAUCGCUUUCCUGUGCGGCCAUUUCAAAAAAGGUACCGAGGUUUUAAGACUGAUGGAGGAGACCUCGGAACAAACCUGCUUCCUGAUUCUUACAUCUUACGACCGGAAAGUAAAACUAGAACCGUACAAGCAGUACGGUUUGAUAAUAGACGGUGUCAGCAUGGUGGCGACAUUACGAAAUUGUCCAGAAUUAUUUAAAUCCGUCGGAAUGUCCUGCGAGGCGGUUGUCUGUUGCAGGCUAACACCUCUGCAAAAGAGCGAGAUUGUGCAUCUAAUAAAAACGUCACGAAACCGUCCGCACACCGCAGCCAUCGGCGACGGCGGUAACGACGUCUCGAUGAUACAGGAAGCGCACGUGGGUAUCGGAAUAUUGGGGAAAGAGGGUCGCCAGGCGUCGAUAUCCGCCGACUUUGCUUUUACAAAAUUCAAGUAUCUCAGAAAAGCGUUGUUGGUGCACGGGCAGUGGUAUUACUUACGCAUCAGCAUCCUGAUGCAGUUCUUCUUCUAUAAGAAUGUGGUGUUCAUAACGCCGCAGGUGUUUUUUAGCAUACACAACGGUUUCUCCACACAGGAACUUUAUGACGGUAUGUUUCUAAUGGGAUAUAACAUAAUAUUCACGUCACUUCCGAUAUUGAUGUACGGAUUAUUGGAACAAAAUUACAAUGCGAAGAAACUCAUGAAGUAUCCAUAUUUGUAUAAAUUGAAUAAAAAUAAUUAUUUAAUGUCAUGGAAUCAAUUCAUAGCAUGGAUGAUCCUGGGAUUAUGGCAUACAAGCGUAACGUAUUUUACAGUAUUUGCUGUAACAUAUAUCAAUCCUACAUAUCUAUACGACAACACAUCGGUUGAUCAAUGGACUUACAGCACAUGCAUUUUUCAUAUAGUCACUUUGCUAGCAAAUCUGCAGAUAUUGUUACGCAGUUUAUAUUGGUCAAUCCCGCUUGUUUUCAGUGUAAUACUAUCUGAAGUGGUAUUUUUCGCGAGCACUUUUGGCUACUCAGCCAUACAUCUAAAAUACGAUGGCGAUAUGUUCGGGGUCUUUCAAAUAUUAUUAAAGUCGCCUUCGUUCUGGUUAAUUACUGUAUUCAUCAUCGUUGCUUGCUUAAUACCUGACUAUUUAUGGACUACGUAUAAUGUCACGUACAGGCCAAUAAAGAUACUUCGUAGAAACGAAGAACCACCGCAAAUUAUAACCUGCAGUGACGACGACGCAUACGGUUCGUGGCAAGUGAGACAUCGCAUAUUUCCUUGGAGAGAUAGCCUUUCAUUGAAGAGGAAAUAAUACGUUGGAAAAGCAGUCAUUUAAAUGCUUCAGUAUUAUCCAUUUAAACGAAGAAGUAAUUAUCUAGAGUAGCACCUCAUUUACGAUUCAUUUCAUAGGUAUAAUUUAAGUUGCUGAUACGACUGUAUUAUUGAAUGAGCGUAAGUGUUAAUUGAUAUGAUAAAAUCAGACAAGAUUUCAAUACUAAUUAUUUUUUAUUACAAUAUUCAAAAAAAGAAAAUAUAAUAAAAAUAAUAUAACAAAAUGUUAAUAUUAAUUAUCAUUACUAAUUAAUAUUAAUAUUGAUAAUGUAUAAAAAAGGAAGAAAAAAUUUCGCGUGAAUGUUGAACUAGACACGAUGCUCGUAAAUUGUUAUAAUUUAGCGAGAUACUAGUCGUUAAAAUUAAUUUCUGUACAAAGAUAGGUAGCAGCUAUGCAUUACGAUGGCACACACAUAUAGACAUAAACAAAUGUGAUAUAACGUCUAUGCAUCUGUUUGUGAAAAUACGUUCAAUCAUCAUUAUGACUACUCAUUAAUUUAUUAACAUAAUUCUCUGCAAGUUUAUUAAAUGUGUAACAUUAUAAACAAGACCAGCAAUGCAACAAAUAUAUGCAACAAACCUUAUCAAAAGAGAAAGAUAGUUCCACUGUAUAAUAAAGUUUCAAAAUAUGUGUUUUUGCGUUAAAUUGCGAGAAUAGAUCUUUUAAUAUAUCUUUUGUCAUCGUAUAAUUUUAACAACAAACAUUUUACAAAGUACAAACUAUGAUUGUAAACAAAAUAAUUUAUUAAUGGAUUGUAUAUUUGUUAAUAUGUACAAAUGUUUUCUAAUAUAUGUAUAACUUUAAGUAUCAAUUGUAUAUAUUACAAAUAUUAAUUGUAAGUGCGGCUUACGAUCAGUGUACGUGUACAUAAAUACGUAUGCACAUGUGAUAUUUAAUAAACAUAUAAUAUGCAAAUUUUCUAUU